AUGACGUGGCGCCUUGACCGCGGUGAGGACGAGGAAGCCGAUGAGGAAGCCCUCUCCCUCGUGGUCCAUCGUUCGACCAUCCUGCGGCACGCGAAUCGCGGUGUGCCCGUGGUCCAUUGGAAGGACUGGGGACCGGAGGGUGCGCGCUGGCUUUGCAUGUCCAAGAUGUCGUACAGCUAUAUCACGACGACUAGCGGGCAGCGAUACGUUCAGAAACCGUCGAUCAUGCUGAAUGCGCCCGAUCAACCGAUACACAUAUUGGACUUCAACCCGCAUACCGUGCGGCGUGUGGAGGCGCAGCUGCUCGCGCAGGCGGAAGAGGCGGCCGGAGAUGACCGCGCACGGAUAUUCACGAUCGACACGCCAACAGCGACCAUCGGACUGCCCGCCAAGCAUGAGUUAGGUCAACUUUGGGCAGGAAGUCAGCCGACGAACCGGGAGAGCCCCUGGGUAUAUUGGCCAGAGGAGACGUUCAGGGGGAGUCCGCCGGAGAUACAGUAUAUGGAAAGGCUCUUCGAGGAUGCGAGGGUCCUCGAGCCUGGUUUGCCGUUCGUCAGGACAAUCUCAAAACAAAGGUUCGCUAUAGACGCGGUGAUCAUGGAUGACGAGCGCGUCAUUGGAUUGUCAACGGACUGGACGGCCAACACCAUCGGGCUACAUACACUGUACUUUGGUUAA